ACUACAUAGACAAAACAGGCCGGCCCUAUUCUGUUGUGUCCGUCUGCAGUAAAAUGCAAUGAUCUAAGAAUUUGUGUGCACGAUCACACAGAUCAGAAUAGUGUGUCUUGUAUAUGAAAUAAUCGUAAUAUUUCUGAAACUAUGCAGUGUCCAGAUGACACUAGUCAAAAUACCCCAGAAAAGAAAAGCAGUCUGUCUUCUGCUCAAAGAAGAGCAGAAAUUCGUAGACGGAAAUUGCUCAUGAAUUCCGAAGACAGAAUGAACAGAAUUGUGGGUUUCACCAAAGCUGAAGCUGAAAACAACGGAGCGUCCAGAAGUGUUACGGCACCCAGGUUCCAUCUAGACUUGGACAGGAGCGAGUCGUGGUCAACAUACCCCUCCCCCAGACUGUCUCCAUUCCUCACAGAGGCAGUAGGCAGCAGCCACCCCUACAGUGAUCUCCCAGAGAAGAGAGGGUAUCCCCUGCCAGACAGCAGCGAGGUGCUGGGUGGCGGUGUGGACAAGGAUGUGACACUGGGGGUCCGUCAGAGGCCACGGGGAGAGGCCCAGCUGGCAGCUGAUGAGCCUAGCCGCUCCGGAUCCCCAUGCAGAGGGUUGCAAAAGUACCUGUCCCGCUUUGAUGAUGCCAUGAAGCUCCGAGGCCAACUGGCUAAUGAGAAACAAGCCCAGGAUGCAGCUGGCUCUGACCCAGAUGAGUUGGACUCCUUCAAGCUCUUCAGGCUUGUUGGCAGUGUCCUCCUCGCUAUCUUUGUCAGGGUUUUUGUCUGCAAGUAUCUGUCCAUAUUCGCACCAUUCCUCACCCUCGAACUGGCCUACAUGGGGUUGUUCAAAUAUUUUCCAAAGGUUGAGAAGAAGAUGCAAACCACAGUGCUGACUGCCGCGCUCCUGUUGUCUGGUAUCCCUGCUGAGGUCAUCAACCGCUCCAUGGACACCUACAGGAAGAUGGGCGACGUCUUCGCUGACCUCUGUGUCUACUUCUUCACAUUGAUCCUCAGUCACGAGAUCGUGCUGUUGGUUGGUCCAGAAGAGACUUGAGACUCCCUGAUGGACAGGAAGUCCCUGUGCUAUGGCGUUGUCACAGAGGUGGACAUUAUGCUGACCCCUGAUACUGAUCCUUUACCCUACCUCCUUCUCCCUACCAUUUCCCAUCCUGAAUCAGUAGACCCCAUAGGGGAGAGGGGGUCGAGGUGCAAUGUCCGCAGGUAGAUAAGGGAGGAAGACAGAACUAACAGGUUGAACAAGGUAACAUAACAUUCAUUUGUUUUCUGACCCUCUACUGCAUCUGGUCAGAGUCCAAAGGAGCUGCUUUAAGUUACCAUUUAUGUUGCUCUCUACGUUGUUUAUACAAGGGGUCCAGUUACUUCUUAAUUGUUGUUUCGUUUCAGGUGAAUUGAUUUAUCUCAUAUGGAAGACAGGAGAUGCAUUUGUCAUUCAGGGUUUUCUGAAUGUUGCCUAUGGUUUUUGCAACCUUGUAUGCUUAAAGACAUGGUUGACUUUAUCUGUACAUGUCUAAACUCUUAUUACACAAUUUACCUUGAAUCUGGGCUAGGAGAAGGAUUGCUUAGGAUUGUCUUUUUGGAAAGUGUGUGUUGUCACUGCUAUUCAAUGUGGGGCAGUGGGAUCUUAUAAACGUGUAUAUCUUUGCUGGAUAACUCUGAUUGUGGAAAUGUAAUGUAUUGCUUUUCUAGCUAUACCAGCCUCACUCAUACUCUCUCUGUGGCAUGUUACAUCAUCUUUUAAUCUUGCAUUGCAUCCUAAUUAAUUUAUUCAGUUUGAGACAGGUUUUCUAUGUAACUUCAUUGGUGUGAUCUCAUUUGUCAGAUUUACUUGAUUGCUUUUCAUAAUGUUUUACAAUUAUUUAUUUUUUUAAGUGUAAAUGCUUUAUUCAUAGUUUAUUAUUUCAUGUGAAAUAUUGAAAUCGAUAUCAACACAAAGAUAUAGAGAUGCUGCUUCUGGUAAUAACAUACUGGAAUGAAUAUAUUAAACUGUAUUAAACCAAUAAAACCUUGAAGCAUUU